AUGCUGUAUAUCUGGUGUCGUAUUAGCAGGAGGGUGAGCCAAGUGAUGGGUGAUAUGCGUAGACGGAAGAGGUUUAUGCUGGAUGUUGGCCCGGGAUCCGUGAGUAUGGCGGGUUUCACAGUGGUGUCCUCGAGGAAGCACUCGAGGACCGGUUGUAUCACCUGCAAAGUGCGUAAAAAGCGCUGUUCCGAGCAUAAACCGGUUUGUAAUGACUGUAGAAGGCUUGGGUUCAGCUGUGUGUAUCUGCCGAGGUGUGUGGAUCGCCGCGUGAUGUUGCAGUGCAGGAGCCAGGUUGAACGGGAGCUGUUGGGUCAUAAGGGCGGCAGACGCAGGCCUGCAGCGCUCGACGAGACCAUCGAACCGCCAGCCAUGGACGAUUAUGUGUCUUUGGACCAGCAGCGGGCGCUGACGGCGCCCGUGCUGCUGGAAUUGGAGCCUGCAGGCGUCCAUCUGUACAAUUACUACCGGAGUCAUCUGGCGCAGAUCGUCUCGAUAGCGCCGAUGCGCCAGAACUACUACUUGCAGGUGUUCCUGCCGAUGGCCCACCAGCAUUCGGGGAUUUUGUAUGGUAUUAUGGCGUGGUCGGCGCAUCAUCUGUCGAUCAGCGCAGAAAAUGGCGAGGCAGAGGGCAGUAGGGAUCAGAAGUACCUGGAGCUGGCUAACAAAUAUACGCUGGAGUCGCUGCGGCGGCUGCGGGAGGACCAGGCCAAUGGCCCGAAUUUUCUGUGGUCGCUGGCGCAACUGCUGAUACUGUGUGCUGCAGAGAUCUGUCAGGGCGACGUCAACAAGUGGAAGAUACUGCUGAAAUUCGGGGCUGAGCUGAUCGAGCAGCAUGUUGGGAGAGAUAUUUGCAAGGUGUUCUCGCAUCGGAGCCUGACGGGCACGAUGCCGGGACUGGACUCGACCACGCGGUAUUGGCUGCUGGCCAAUUUUAUCUACCACGACAUAAUGUGCUCGCAAGGCACUUUCUUUCCAACAGAACAGUACAGGAGGGCUCUUUGCCGACGAGACGGCGAGAAUUCGGUGCCUUCAGUCUUGGCAGUGGGCGAGGAUCCACAGUCUGAGAAGCUGCAUUUGGACCCUUUGAACGGUAUCAAUAGACCGAUUUUGCUGUACUUGGGUGAUAUCAACAACCUGACGAGGAAAAUGAAACUGGGGCCACUGCCCUUCAAUAGAGACCAUCCACACUUCAAGACGUACAUGCAGGAGGCCUUGAGCUUGGAGGCGGGGCUUCAUCAACUAGUACCGAACACCGUCGAUUUGAAACUUUACCAAGAAUGCCCGGAGGAUCAUGAGCUUUGUCUGCAGCUGUUCCGACUCAUGCAGACCGCCGCGCUGGUCCACCUGAAGACAAGCUGUCUCAAGUACUCGAAAUACUGCAUGGAGAUCCAAUAUCUGUGGAUGCGCCUAUCGGAAAGCCUGGAGCGUGUACUGGGGACCAAGCUCGAGGGUUCCCUCUGCUUCCCCAUGUUCAUAUGCGGCAUAACGUGCACCGACCAGCAGCAAAGGGACCUCAUGGAGGCGAGAUUUAACGAUAUGAUGAAGCGAUACAAGUGCUACAACUUCCAAAGAGCAAGAACGAUCGUGAGGAAAAUUUGGAAAUACGAGUACACUGAUUUGCCCUCUCGAAGAAGCAGUGGUGCCUCCAGUACGAGCAGUGGAGACGACAACAUGUCCUUUGAUCUGUCCAUCAAAGACUGGUAUGACAUAGUAGACGAAAUGGGGUGGGACAUCAGCUUCGCGUAG